AUGAAACUCCAGGAUUUGAAACCCGACGCUGGCCUGUACUCGAAAGUGAUAAACGGGUUUUGUGAUGUGUGGAAAUUUCAGGAAGCAGCAAAUUUUCUAGACGAGAUGGUUCUCUCGGGAAUAACUCCCAAUAGGGUGACGUGGGGUCUUCAUGUCCGGGUUCUUAAUAGGGUUGUUCAGGGUCUUUGUGCCGAGGGUCAUGGUAAUCGAGCCUUUCAGCUUUACCUGGGCAUGCGUAGCAGGGGAAUAUCGGUUGAGUCGAGAACCUAUGAAUCUCUCGUUCACUGGUUUUGCAAGAGGGAUCUGCACAAAGCUGCUCGGGUUAUGGAGGAGAUGAUGGUUGAUGGUUGCACUCCAGAUAAGGAGACGUGGAGUGUGAUUCUUGACGGGUUGUGGGAUAGGAAGAAAGUGCGUGAAGCUGCUGGAGUUUUGUAUGCUAAGAUGGUUGAUGAAUUUCGAAACGACACGUGCAGUUGA